GACCAGAAAAUCAACAAAUAGAAAAUAAUAAAUACUGGAUUUUUUUUAAAAGUCAUUUAAAAUAAAUUAUAAGUUUACAAAAUUGAAAUUUCAACAAUUUAUUGUAUGAUAGUACAUUCUGCCGUGCAAAGAAAUGGAAAAUAGCUGCGCGAUGCCGACUGAGCAGUUGCUGCCAGAGGUGUUGGUGGCGGCGGUCGCGGCCACCACCGCGCUGUACACGUGGCUGUUCCUGGCCCCGCUGCUCGGCUGGGUCGCGUCCCUCUCCUGGCCCCUGGCCGUCGGGCUCGUGCUCUACGUCUUCCUGAACCCGAGCGUGCUCGCGCGCUUCUGGCGCGACUCGCUGCGGGCGCGCUUCGUCUCCGCCAAGAACUGGCUCCACCACGUCAGCGGUCGCGACUGCCCACUGCUCGCCCCGGGCCUCCGAACCCAUUUCCACGUCAACUGCCAGCAUCGGCAGUGUCAAACAUCACCACGAUGAUUCUACAUGCAAAUCCUGCAAGUGUAUUGAAAAUUUAUACUACAUAUACAUUAGAAUAAACAAAAACUAACCUUGAA